UUUUCAUAUGUCCCUGGCCGCUUUCAGUCUUCUCUCUGAUAAUAUACAUGUGUUGGAGAUUGUAUUUCGCUGGGUUUUACUAGGUUAUGACUAUUUAUAAAACCAGCUUUCAAGAGCGGCUGAAUGUUUUUUAAAAUGGUAGAGCAAACAUUAGUCGCGGUAUUAGUGUCUUUCCUCGAUUUCAUUGUCUUUCUGCCAAUUGACAUUUUUGAGUUAUUAAUCGAGACAGUCUCGUUCUUGAAAAUUUAAAUUGUCCGAAAACUUUACGUACUACACAUGGCUCUUUUAGGAGCACAACUGGUCAUUACGCUUGUAAUGGUCAGCAUUAUACAAAAACUAAGUCCACAUUUCUCUGUUGCAAGAUGGAUCUUAUGUUCUACAGGAUUGAAACGAUAUCAGUAUCCAACAGAUCAACAACUUAGAACAUUAGCUGGUGUACCUAAAGAAAAACCUAAAAAAGGGAAGCACAGUGAAAAUGGCAAAGUGGGAGAUGUGUUUCAUGUUCCUAGAAAUCUAGAUAUCAAGCUUGAAAGUGCAAAAAUAACUGCUCUAGAUGUAAUACACUUAAAAUAUUACACAGAGUACCAAUGGCUCUUGGAUUUUUCUGUAUACGCUGUUAUUGUUUAUAUACUAACAGAGACAUACAAUUAUUUCUAUCCGAUCAAAGAUGAGAUUAAUCUCAGUAUACUGUGGUGUUUGGUAGUUCUGGGUUUUGCAUUUAAGGUACUAUUUUCACUUUGGAUACAAUAUUUCAAAGGAGAAGAAAGUAUAGGUGAAAGAUCCACAUGCAUUGUUACGGGAUUUGCAUAUCUUCUUAUCGCUAUGAUGGUGCUUAUAAUAGAUGAAAACAAACUAGAAAUUGGGCUGGAAAAAGCAUAUACAAGUUUCAAUCACAGCGCUUCUCAAUUUUUAGAUACUCAAGGACUUUCCUCAACGGGGCCAGCUUCAAAAAUUGUUGUUAAGUUCUUCCUUGCAAUAUGGUGUGGCUUACUAGGAUCUUUAUUCACUUUCCCAGGACUGAGGAUAUCAAAAAUGCACUAUGAUGCAUUAAGAUAUUACAAAGAUAAUAAAUUAUUGUUGCUAUUAGCUAAUAUUAGUUAUGUUUCGCCACUCCUCUUGGUGAGUUUAUGGAUUACACCUUUGACUAGAGAUUAUUUGACUGUUCGGAUAUUUAGCGGAAUGAGUAGUCCGUUGAUGACACCUGCAAGAUUUGAAAGUAUGAGACUGAUAGUUAUUAUUCUUGCUGUUGUACUAAGAAUAAUGCUCAUGCCAAUUUAUCUGCAAUCUUAUUUAAAUCUUGCAAAUCAAAGACUAGAAAUACAGAAAAAGGAAGCUGGUAGAAUAACAAAUGUUGAUCUACAAAAAAAAAUUGCGGCUGUGUACUAUUAUUUAUGUGUAGUAGCAGUGCAGUUUAUUGUUCCAAUAAUUAUAUGUUUAUUUUUUACAUUUUUAUAUAAAACAUUAGGUGGUUUUACUUGGGAAGGUAUUUUGGGAGGAACGUUAGAGGAAGAAUGUCCAGCUGAUGAGUUACCACAGUCGCUAUCAUCUAACAAUGAUAACAGUGAUAAGACUGUUGUACAAACUGCUGAAGAAUUUCAACUUGCACUAGGCUCGUUAAAGCAGAUAUUUACUACGGAUGUUUAUAGAGGUAUUUUAGGUUUAGCAACAUGGUGGAGCUGCUUUGCAUUACUUGCAACUAGUGCCAUGGGCAUGUUUUAUCAAUCAUAUUUUUCGAAUGUGUAAAAUGAUUUAUAAUGAAAAAAUCCAAAUGUCGCAACACACAAAUCUUGAUCAAUUCGCAAAUCAAUCGUUCAUUAUUAAAGAUGUAGCAUUGUCCACUGUAAAAUACAUAUUUUCAGACUCCAUUUUAACGCCUAUUGCCAGAUAUAUUUAGGUAGAUAGCUAUCACAGGUCAACAUAGACUUUUUGUUUGGGAAUGAAUAUAUAAUGAUUCUUGAAACAGUUUUGUUCUAAACAACAAGUUUGUCCUUUUUUUUGCUAAAUUCGAAUUUGAUAUUAGACUUUGUUAUUACUUUAGGAUUUUGGCAAAAUAAUGACAUAAAAUGUUGCAAGCAAUAAUCAUUUUUGCCAAUAUUUUCUUGUUUGUUAUGAAUAAAUCAAAGUUGUUCGUAUACUUUUGUCUUUCAUUAGCAUGAAAUAUAUAUAGUUCGUUUUCUAAAUAGAACUUUUUCUUAUCACUGUAACAGACAAAAUUACUGUUUUUAAGAACUAUUGUUUAUUCUCAAAUAAAUUCUAAACAUUUAAAUUGUGUCGACCUGAGUAAUGUGUAAGAUUUUUAUAAUGUAUAAACUGAUAAA